AUGACACUAUUACCUUGUUGCUUGCAUCGUGAUCGAUGUAGAUUCUUCCUCUCCAGAGCCUCGAUCGGUGUUGACACUCUGCGUGAGACUUUAUGCUAUAGGUUAAGGGUUGAAUUAUGCUUCAGACCUUAUGUAUUGGUCUUGAUAUCUGGAAAGGAAGACCCAGAUGCACAAGUAUCUCCUGCAAUUGAUGCUGUACUAAGAGUGUUCAAACGUGUUAAUGGUCUAUCUCCUAGUGAGGGUGAAUCUAUGAGUUUGGAAGCUGCUGGGGCUGCAUUUUGCUCCAUAAGGUUAUUGGUGGCAUCUUCACAAGCAAUUCAUCUAAUUGGAAAGCAGGGAUCUACGAUCAAAUCAAUUCAGGAAAUCUCAAGUGCUUCUGUGCGUGUGUUAUCUGAAGUUGGGCCCAUCAGUGUUGUGAGUGUUGUUCUUCUUGUUGAGGAGUGGUUUAAAGGAUUGCAUGUUGAGCAUUGUAAGGCCGUCGGGCUAGGGCUUGGGGAUAUGGAGUCUGGAGAGAAAGACGGCGAGAAUGAAGUGCCAUCCUAUGCUACCCAAGAUGAGAGAAUUGUUGAGAUACAUGGUGAAGCUUUGAAAGUUCUUAAAGCAUUAGAAGCAGUGUUGGGACAACUAAGGAAGUUUCUGGUUGAUCAUAGCGUUGUUCCAAUAUUCGAGAAGACAUACAAUGCAACGAUCUCCCAGGACCGUGCAGUAGAGUCCUGGCCUGAUAAAACCCAAUCCUUGCCCCAUCCUACUUCUGCUUCCGCUGCUGCUACUCCUCUUCAAACUGGUAGUGGUUCUGAUUUUUCACUUUCAGUGAAGCGGGGAAAUUUAUUUUUUGACCGUGAGUCUCAGCUGGACUCUGACAUCACAUACUCUAAAGUGUCCCUCUAUGGACAAGAUCCUGGACUUGGUGGGCUACGCUCAACAGGACUUGGACGUACUGCUGCUCCCAUAAUUACCCAGGUUCGCUUAAAUGUUGUUUGA